AUGCUAAUAACACGCGCUUUUUCACUCGCUUCAAUACUCAUUACUGCUUCAGCUGCCACUAGCAGUACCUCGUGCAAUCCAGUCAAAACGCUGUCAUGCUCCCCAGAUCCAGCAUUAGGAGGAUCAAUUGAAGAAACUUUCAAUGACGGAUUAGGUUCUUAUUUCACCAAUCUGGGUAAUCAAGGUAAUGUCACCACUGGAGAUGAAGGUUUGUCACUUACCAUCAAUAAAAGAUUUGACAACCCAUCCAUACAUUCAAACUUCUAUUUAAUGUUUGGUUAUGUUGAAGUUGAAUUGAAAGCUGGUGAAGGUAAAGGUAUUGUUUCAUCAUUUUUCUUACAAAGUGAUGAUUUGGAUGAAAUUGAUAUUGAAUUAUUUGGUGGUGAUGAAUAUGAAUGGCAAUCAAACUAUUUUGUUCAAGGAAACACAUCUACUUAUGAUCGUGGUGGAUAUCAUCAAAUUUCUCCAAAUCCGUUGACAAACUACCACAAAUACGCCAUCAAUUGGACUAAAGAUUCUUUGGAUUGGAUCGUUGAUGGAUCAGUUAUAAGGUCAUUACAAAUUACCAAUUCACAAGGUUAUCCACAAACACCAAUGAGAAUAUACGCAGGUAUUUGGGCUGGUGGUGAUUCAUCAAAUGAAGAAGGAACUAUUCAAUGGGCUGGUGGUGAAACUGAUUAUAGCGAUGUACCAUUCACUAUGCAUAUUAAAUCUAUUACUGCUAUUGAUUAUUCAACUGGCAGUGAGUAUUCUUAUUCUGAUCAAAGUGGAUAUUGGCAAUCAAUCGAUGCUAAAGAUGGUGAAGUUAAUGGUAGAUAUAGUGAUGCUCAAGAUGAUGUUAGUAGAGUUGAUAACGGUGAAAGUAUAGACGAUAGUGCGUCAAUUGAGCCAUCGAGUACCACCGAAAGUUCAAGUUCAAGUUCAAGUUCAAGCUCAUCUAGUUCAUCUAGUUCAUCAAAUGCAUCUGGUUCAUCCAGUUCAUCCGAAUCAUCAAAUUCAUCUGCUGCAUCAAGCUUAUCUGCUGAAAACUCGCUGUCAUCUGAGUCAAAAACCUCUGCAUCUGCAUCUGCAACAGAGACAACUGACUCAUCAUCAGACUCUACUCAAUCAACUCAAGGUGCGGACAAAGCAGAAACUGAAGCUUCAUCCGCGUCUGCAACCACAAGUGAAGCUGCUUCCAGUGAGCACAAAUCAACCACGUCAUCAUCAUCGAGUGAAACAGCAUCAGUAUCUUCUUCAUCUGAAAGUUCAGCUGCUGGUUUGGCUUCAAACAUAAGAUCGAUGCAAUUGGUUACGUUUUUAGUUCUGUUUGUUUCACUUGGAUUCAUUCUUAUAUAG